AAUUUUCUUAAACUACGUGUCUAUCCUAAUGUCUCAAGUAUUAUGAGACGAAAGGAGUAAGAUUUUAGAAUGACACACCCGACAAAGGAACUCAAAAUUGAGAAAAUUGUCCAUCAUUUCUCCAUGACAAUAGUCCACCUGACUCUAUGAGUAGGAUUGAGUACAUGAUAGUGACUUCACCAAACCGGAAAAAAAAAAAAAAAAAAAAAAAAAGAAAAGGGAGAAAGAAAAGAAUCCAAAAAGUUUGGAAUGAAUGUAGCUUAGACAAUCUUUAUCAAUUUCAAACACACACAGUUGACUCAUAUCUCUGCUGUUAGUUCUCUCUCGACCUAUCUGCUUCUGCCAAGGGUAACAUUUUUUCAUUUCCUCCAUGGCGGUUGCGGUGGGUAUGAGCCCCAUUGGGCUCCUUAAUUAUGGCUUAAGUCUCAAUAAAAAGAUCUCAUAUGGAAGAUUUGACUCCCUUGUUUCAAAGUCACCAGUCCGAUUUCGUCCUAUCCGAGCUGUGCAAGAUAAUGUGGGCCCUCGAAGGCUGGUAGACAUCAUUCGUACUGUACCAGACAUUUCAAGAAACUAUUUCAAGAGACCUUCUCGAAGAGCACUCUUUGGGGGAAUUGCCUUAUUAGGUGGGUUUUAUGUGGCACAAACAAUUUCUUUGUCCUUUGGAGCUUUAGGGGUCAAUGAUGUUAUUGCUGCUGUAUUGUGUGUGCUCCUCACUGAAUAUGCAACCAAAUUCUAUUAUAGUCGAUCAAAGGUAACAUUUCCAAUUGCUCUUCUCAACAAUUUUAAGAUGGGAUUUACGUAUGGUCUAUUUAUUGAUGCUUUCAAACUAGCUAGUUGAUCUGGGACUCAACGAUAAGGGUACUGUAUCGUUCUUGUACAUCUAAUUAUCAAUUCCGUCAUAGAUACAAUACAGAGAUCCUGUAACAAUGCAAUUUUGACAAUAUGAUUGAUGUUGAUUCUUC